AUGGCAUCCCUCGUCCGGGUUUAUCUGCAUCAGCAGCAGCAGAAGCUGCUGAGCUCAUUGCAACAGCAGCAGCAACAACAGCAGCAGCAACAACAGCAGCAGCAAAAACAGCAGCAGCAGCAACAGCAGCAGCAAAAACAGCAGCAGCAACAGACCCUACCUCGACUUCUGCUGCUCCCUUCGCUACCAGCCCCUCCAGCAGCAGCAACAGCAGCAACAGCAGCAGCAGCAGCACCCCCCCCACCGCCACCCCCACCCCCACCGCCAGCAGCAGCAGCAGCAGCAGCAGCAGGAGCAGCAGCAGCGAUGAAUAUUUUGUAUCAUACGGCGAUCCUUUUGUGCAUGCAUUGA